CCAGGCUGUGCUUUGUACACACAUAGAGUUAUGGUACACACACACCUCUGUAUGCAAAUUUCCUAAACAACAAUAAUACCGCUUCUGCAGUUUAGUUUUUGUUGUGUGGUGAAGAUUUCGAUUGGGUGGGAUGAUUGAGUUACGUGUGUGUGUCUAGUGUUGCGUGUCCAUGAAACGAUAUCAUUUACACCACCGUGUGGAUUACAACUGAUAAACAUGACAAAUGGAACCAUGAAACUGUAUACGAUAAUCACUUGUCUAGUAGAGUAGAACUCGGAUAAUAAAGCGGUUCCUUGAUUAUCUUUAACAAUGUCCCUGACAUUGUGUAGCCGUCCUAUGAUGAUUGAAUCUGUGGCAUGUUAUGGCAGUGCAUCAAGCAGUCGUCAAGCUACUACAACAAGGCUUAUAUCCGCUUCAAUCCCAAGACACAAUACCAGUACGUCUGCAUCUGUGAUAUACAAGAAAGUUCAGAAUGAAGGCAGGAAGACAUCACCCAGCCACAGCCGCACAUGUUCUUUACCUGAAAUACCAAUCAGUCCAAGCCAGCGGUCCUUUGUGUCAUCUGACACUCCUUUACUCCUGCAAACACAGAAAGUUGCAGAAAAACAAAGCGAUGAGACAUUUGUUGGGAGCUUUCAGCAUCAAGCAUUGAGGAACAGCAUGUUUCCAAACUUUCGAGCUCUUCAUAAAUUAUCACGAAGUGCAAAGACCAGGGCAUUUGGUCUGACUCAAAGCAGUAAGACAAAAAGUCCAGCAACUUUAAGUGGUAAAUCAUCCAGCAGUACAAUGACUAACAGUAGAGAACUUGUUGCUCCAUUGCACUCGGUGGAGAAUGACCAACCAAGACUCUGUGAUCAUCAUAUAACAUGUAAUAAAAGCUUGGUGGAUACCCAGGUUCCAGCUGGUUUUAAUUCCAUAUUGCCAGGGAAUUCAGUUGGAGACAGAGAAGAACAAAAUCGUGCUCGUUCCGAUGAAAUGAUACAAGUUUAUGUUGCAGAUCAUCCUGUUUCUUCAAAACUUCGUAAGAAAAAAACAACAAAGAAAAAGAAAAGACAAUCCAGAGCCAAAUCCAGGAGUCAGUCAACUCACAGACAUUCUCAUGAUGCAAAGCAUCCAAGUGGGUCUCAGGCUCCCCAGAAUAGAGGAGGUCCUCUACAAGACAACUCAAUUGGUUCAUUGCUACUCACUGUGCCUGUAGUUGUUGAACCUAAGAAGGUUGAGAUUUACAGCUCCAGAUAUAACAAAUGUGAUUCAGAGAACAAAAAGACUGUCAAACCCAACAAAGAAGAAAAGGACUACAACAUGAAAAUAAUAAACUCAUUCAAUAAAAUAUCAUCUGAGACAAUUGGGUCAAAACUUCUAGAAACUGUUGAACAUGAUCCAGUUAUGUAUGGCAGUAGAGUAUCUCCUAGAAUACCAGGAGUAGGUGGAGGACUUCAUGCAGGUCAUCAUAGAGGAAGGGACGACGUGUCAAAGGUUACUAAGGUAUUCCUGUCUGAGAAGCAGUCUGGUAACCUUCGGGAGCUUGGAUGUAUUCUACCUUGUGCUCCCCCUGGUACUCCAACCCCUCAGAUGUUACAGAAUUAUCAGUACAUUCCAUCAAUGACAGACCUAAGGAGUCAGCGAACUGUCCGUGAGCGGCUCUCGGGUAUGGAGGAGAAGGUAAAAAAGAAAGUUCAGCAACAAAGGGAUGAAGCACGAAAGACAGAACAGCAACUCCAGCGAGAUCAGGCAGUGGCAUUAAAGCAACGACAGAGGCUUGAAAUAUAUGCCCUGAAUAAAGUCAUGACUGAGUUUGAAUGGAUGAACUUUAAGGAAUUUAUGAAGAAUAUGGAUGGCAAGAGUCCUUGAAAGACGGUUGACAUUGCGAUAUGGGAGCUGGUCUCAUUUUGUAAAUGCUAAACAAUUUCUUGAAGAAAGUGUAAUCGGCAUUUAUUGAAAUGCUGUCAAUAAAGUAAAUGCCAACCGAGGAACCAAGUUCUUCUUUGGAGGAGGUCCAAAUAUUUUCCAAACAAUUCUCAGUUUGGGGAGCUAAACAUUUGAAAACAAUGUUUUCUUAGCAGAUUGUUGUGUUUUUAAAUAAGGGAGUCAAUGUGUGGUGAA